AUGGUGGCCACGAACCCCGUCCCGGGGCCCAUCCAGGCCGAGACGCAGAUCCCCUCCGUGGACCCGGCCCACGACCCGACCUACAUCACCGAGAAGGUCCGCUACUCUGAGCAGAACGACGAGCUCAAGAGCGAGAUCAGCGGCGACGAAGAUGUCACCGACCUCUUCGUCCCCUUCCCCGAGGUCAAGGGCCUCGAGCCCGAGGGCAACCCCCUCACCUUCCGUGCCGUCCUCGUGGGAAUCAUCCUGGGUUCCCUUGUGAACGCGUCCAACGUCUACCUUGGUAAGUUACUCCAUUUUCCCGGCUCAGCCAGUCUCAAGACUGGUUUCUCCUUCGCUGCGACCAUGUUCGGUGCCAUCUUCGGCUAUGCCAUCGUCAAGCUCCUGGCCAAGUCGCUGCCCAACGCGCCUUUGAUCGGAGGCACCUUUGGCCCGCAAGAGAACUCCAUCAUCCAGGCCGCUGCCACCGGUGCCGGUGGCAUGUCCGGUCUCUUCGUCGCCGCCCUCCCCGCCAUGUACCAGCUCAACCUCAUGUCCGAGAACCCGCGUCAGGACUUCGGCCGCAUCCUGACCAUCACCGUCACCUGCGCCUUCUUCGGCCUCUUCGCGGCCGUGCCCCUGCGCAAGUUCUUCAUCAUCAACGUCGCCAGGGAGCUGAACCUCGUGUUCCCGACUCCCACCGCGACCGCCUUGACCAUCCGCUCCAUGCACGCCGUCGGCAGCGGAGCCGCCGAUGCCGCCAAGAAGAUCAAGACUCUGGGAUACUGCUUCGUCGGUGCCCUCGUCCACAUCGUCGUCUCCCAGUACGCCGAUGGCAUUCUGCACAACUGGUACAUCUUCUUGUGGUUCUACGUCUGGAGCGGCUACAAGAACUGGGCCAUGAACAUUAACAACUGGGGCUGGUACAUUCAGCUCACCCCCGCCUUCUUCGGCUCCGGCAUGCUCGUCGGAAUCAACGCCGCCCUGUCGUGGUGGCUCGGAACCUUUGUCGCCUGGGGUAUCAUCGGACCUACCCUCGUCCACUACGGCGAGGCCAUGGGCGUCCAGAGAUACCCCAAGAGCGAGAAGUGGGCCGACAUGGUCAACUUCGGCGUCAUGAAGGUCAGCGACGACCCCAACUGGGUCCCCUCCCCCCGUUACUGGAUGCUGUGGCCCGGCGUCAUGGUCCUCGUCGUCUACUCCAUGGUCGAGUUCGUCCUCCACAUCGGCGUCCUCGUCGACGGCGCCAAGUUCGCCUUCCGCUCCGGCGCCCGCAGCAUCAACAACCGCAUGCAGUCGCGCGGCAAGCACAACGCCUUCAUCGCCAAGCACGCCGGCCUGGCCGACGCCCAGGACAGCCUCGUCGAGGACUUUGCGCCCCCGAGCCAGCAGGUGCCCAUCUGGGUCUGGGCCACCGGCACCCUCGUCUUCACCGCCGUUGCCUGCGUCGUGUGCCACGUCCAGUUCCACAUGAACGCCGGCCUCGCCAUCCUCGCCUGCAUCCUGGGCCUCCUCUUCGCCUUCCUCAGUAUCCACGGCGGCGCCGUCACCGACUGCACGCCCCUCACCGCCUCCGCCAAGGCCUCCCAGCUCGUCUUUGGUGGUGUCACCUCCGGCCAGGGCCUCGAGGUCAAGUCUGCUCAGCGCAUCAACCUCAUCGCCGGUGGUAUCGCCUCGGGUACCGCUGACGUUGCCACGGCGCUGGUCUCCGACUUCCGAGUUGGCUUCCUCCUCCGCACUCCCCCCCACCUGCAGUUCUACGCCCAGGCCAUCGGUGCCGGUGUCAGCGUGUUCCUCGCGCCCGGUGUCUUUGUCCUGUUCAUGGCCGCCUACCCUUGCAUCUGGAAGGAGAUGGGACCCGAGGAGACGUGCCCCUUCGGCGCCCCCUCCGUCCUCGCGUGGAAGGCCGUUGCCGAGGCCGUCACCAUGCCCCAGCUCCCCAUCCCCAAGUCCUGCGCCAUCUUCACCAUCGUCAUGGGCGUCAUCUGCGCCCUCCAAGCCGUUGUCAAGAACUUCUACCUCGUCGGCAACCGCAUGAAGUACCGCGAGUACCUCCCCAACUGGAUGUCCAUCGGUGUCGCCUGGGUUCUCGGCCCCGACAGCGGUUACGCCAACGCCAUCAUGGCCGGUGCCAUCACUGCGUGGUGGUGGAGGAAGUACUUCCCCAAGAGCUUCGAGACGCACUGCUUCGCCGCCGCCGCCGGCCUCAUCGCCGGUGAGGGUUUCGGAGGUGUCAUCAACGCCGCCCUGGAACUUGGCGGCGUAAGCGGUAGCUCUAUGGCCGCCGACGGCAUCAACACCAUCGGCACCCAGAUCGCUCUGCCUGGUGCCGAUUGGUAA